AACGUUUUACGUGAAUUUGUGAAUGAAAGCGGCUGAGGAAGAGGAGGAGGCGCAGGUUAAGUGGACGCUGAGUCCAGUGCACGGAUCGCCUGCUUUAAUGCGCAAAAAGAAGACGCGUUUUCCCUCACAGAUCGAAGCGCUUUCGUCGGGCAGACUUUUGUGCUGUACUGGGGGAGCUGCAAACUUUCUUCAUUUUAAAAAAUAAAUAAAAAGCUCAGAUUGCAUUCUUUCCCCCUUCAAACAUUUUGGAGGUGAUGUCAUCGGCCCGUGUUUUGGCUGCUGUUGCGCUGGAGCUCCAGAAUUGAGUCCGGGAAAUCAGGUGCAGGGAGCUGCGAGCGUGUGCUUCUGGUUUCACUUUCCCCCUUCAUCUGACCUGGACCGCGCCGCCGUCUCUCCGGCGCAGCAGCCAUGACCGAGCACGCUCCUCGGUACCCGGAGUCCAGCUCGCCGCCGCCGCGUCUUCAUCACUCCAUCCCCGUCCAGGUGCUCUGCCUCCCGCGGCGCGUCAUUUCGCCCGUAGCGGACCAGCAGUGACACGAACUCUCAUGCGUGCGCAUGCACUCCGCGGAGUUUUAAUCCUAAUCUGUGCAAAGACAUUUUCAGCAGGAAAAGUUACACUCGGACUGCUAGAAAAACACUGGGCGCAAACCUUUUGCUGGCUGUCGAAAAGUUUUUACGAGCGGAAACGGCGCAUAGGUGUGGGUCGCGUUUGAACUUCGCUUCACCUGUUCCUCAGACUCCGGAGGAUUCAGCUUCGCCCCGCCUCCUGCCCGUUACCGACCGCGCACCGCAACCAUCCGUGUCGCUCACACCCCGCUGACCCCUUGCCGCCCGUUGACGGUGAAAAGAUGCAGUCCACCGGCGCCAGCGGGAACAUCCGCGGACCCUGCAUUCAAACGGAUUAAGCAAACCGGAAAGACGUGAAGCUGUGACCCGGAGAGCCGUUUCGCAAGCGCGCACGGAGCCACACGGACGCGGAGGAAGCGAUGUGGGCCUUUCUCUCCACGGUGGCUGUCUUGUAUAUCCAGAUGAUGCUGGUCAUGUGCAAUCCUCUACAGGUGUUUGGAGUGGAUGGGGUGAAUUUCAGCGUGCACGUGGAGAAUCAGACUCGUGCACGAGACGCCAUGAGCCGGCGACAUCAUCGCGUGUACCAGCUUUACAGCCGCACCAGUGGGAAACAUGUCCAGGUGCUUGGACGCAAAAUCAGUGCCCGCGGAGAGGACGGAGACAAAUAUGCCCAGCUCGUAGUGGAGGCAGACACCUUCGGCAGCCAGGUGCGAAUCCGAGGGAAGGAAACCAAUUAUUACCUGUGUAUGAACCGCAGAGGGAAACUCGUAGGCAAGAAGGCCAGCAAUCGUAGUGCAGACUGCGUCUUCAUCGAGAAAGUCCUGGAAAACAACUACACAGCGCUAAUGUCGGCGCGCUACACAGGGUGGUACGUGGGCUUCACCAAAAGAGGGCGCCCUCGCCGUGGUCCGCACACGCUGCCUAACCAGCAGGACGUCCACUUCAUGAAGCGUUUCCCACCCGGAGAGCAGCCGGAUUUAACGCCAUUCCGCUUCACCACCGUCAGCAAGAGGAGCAAGAGAGUCCGAGCGGCGCGACCGCGCUAACGCCGACGCCAAUGUCCCACUGCUAACGUUUACAUGAGAACGAGGAACAAACCAAAAGACAGUCCCAGUGAAAAUGACACUGCUAAUGCGAAGCAGGACCGUCUUGUCUUAUUUGAACAGACGAUGUGAUAGCAUCACUUUAUAUUCCACUGGGUUGGACCUCUACAACCCUAAUAAUAAAUACUAGCUAAAUUACACCAGAGCUGUGGUUAAGACAGCUUACUUCAGACACGGAGAUGACUAACCAAAGCAAACACAAGCAAACGUCUGGCCCAGCGGACGGGCGGAGGAAGCACUGGGCUGCACAUCCAGUGAGCGGCCCACAACGAAGACACGAAACAAAACACAAGCACAUUGGCCUGUAGACGCCGAUCGUGUGGCAAUUUUCCUAAGACAAGACUUGGACGUGAUCCCGCCUGAGGGAGAGGAGCAGAAAUCCCUGAACCUGCGGAAGAAAGAAAGAAAGAAAUGGACACUGAUUGGAAACUAAGACAGAAGGGCUACUGUUACAUGGGAGCUCCUGGGAUAAGACCUGCCUUAAAGGACACCCUCAGACAAAAACAAAAAUUCAGGCAUCAUUUACUCACCUCAAGUCGCUCCAAUUUGCAAAUUGUAGAAUUGCAUGCCUGUUUUUCAGACUACAGUUCAUAGUUAACAUGUCUGUCAAGUUCUUGAAAGGACAAGAAAACACCAUAAAAAGUUAAUUACGACAGUGACGUGACAUGUGGCCAAGUAUGGUUGCUCAAGGGCACCUCAGUCGUGGUAUUGAAGGUGGAAGAGAGCGCUGUACAUUCACUCCCCCACCUACAAUUCCUGCCGGACCUGGGACUUGAACUCACAACCUUUUGGGUUGCGAGUCCGACUCUCUAACCAUUAGGCCACAACUUCCCCAUUAUAUUCCAGGCCAUACAAAAUCACACAACAGCUUUAAGUUAUUAUUGAUUUUUAUAGCUUGAUAAAAUGCAUUACAUAUUUUGUUAUUAUAUAAUCUAUAUUAAUAUUAUUAUUCAUAAAAAUGUAAUUUAUUAUAAUUUUUUAUGACUUUUGCAUCAGUGAUGUCAAAGUAUUGGAGCGAUUUUGAAACAAUGCAAACACAAAUUCAUGUUCAUAUUACAACAGUUCAUUAGACAAUAACUUAAAGUUGCAAAGAAACGGUAUAAGCAUCAGAUUCUUACUUCCAUAUUGUGACGUACAUUUAAAAGUGAUUUCUAGACAUGGAAAAGUAAUGGAAAUGAAUAAAUUAUCAAAAAGUCAUGAAAAUUUCUCUCUAUAUAUACAUAUAUAUACAGAUACAUACAUAUAUAUAUAUAUAUAUAUAUAUAUAUAUAUAUAAAUAGUUGUGAUGAAACAGAAGUAGCAUCAGUUCUAUUAUUUUGUACUGUUAAGUACAUUUAAAAAUGUGAUUUUUUUUGGACCUGGAAAGAUAACAGAAAUUAAUAAACCAUUUUAAAAAAUACUGGUAAUUAAAAAAAAAAAUCUAGUUUUAUCAAGUGCAUACAAUAUUUUAUCAGGUCAAAUUUCUUUUUGUGGGUAAAAUAAUAACAAUAAUAAUAAUAAUAACCAUUUUAAAAAUUAUUUGACUAUAUUACCACUAGCAAAAAAGGUUGAAAGCGAGUAGCAUCAAAUCCUUUCUUCCAUAUUGUGAUGUGCAUACGGAUGAAAUGGAUUAUUGAAAAAGAAAAAAUGUAGGGUGCAGACUUGUUUCUAUGCAUCGGUUGCUGAUUGGAUGUCGAGAUGUGGGUGUGGCAGUCAGGAAGGGGUGGAGUUUAAGCAGACGAAAUCAUUGGAGCAUCCCACAUACGUCACCAGAGAGAAAUUUCACUGGAAGAUCCAGUUAUGAAAUGAUUAAACAUUACUAGGUAAAAACUGUUUAAAAAUGCAUGGAUGAAUCUUUCAUCAUAAGACCCAAUGCAUAAUAAUCAAACAAUAUGACUUCAAAGACUUGUAGUGCACUAGUCAUGUGGACUACAGGUUUAGUGUUUAAUUUAUUUUUUGGAGCUUGACAGACUCACUAUGAACUGUAAUUUUGAGGUGAGCAAAUAAUGACGGGAAUAUUCCUUUUUGGCUGAACUAUGCCUUUGAAGCUAAUGAAUAAAUGAAUGUAAUACUGUAUAAGUGUGUGUGCAUGUGUGUGCAAUGGCGUAUUUCAGGUUGCAUUAAAGACCGUGAGGGAUAUAAUCAUACGUGACUUAUUGCUGGAUGGACAGGAUUUACCAGAACUGGAAUGUAAAGGAUAAUAAUGAGGAAUCUCUCUUAAAGCUGCACCAAAUACAAACCAAAUGACCAAAGACAAGUGGUGACCAAUGACAGAGACAACCUGAACAGCUCCGAUCCCACGAGAGCACAGGAUGGGUCGCCACGAAAUGACACGAGGAGCAACGUUCCUGUUUGGAUUUUAAUGUGGAAUGCUGCUACUGGGAAAUAUAACGGAGAACCAAAGUCUUAUACCAGCUUAUUAAAGGAAAAACAUUACAAAACUUUUUCUAAAUAUAAAUAUAUAUAAAUAUAUAUAUAGAUUAAUGCUGACUAAGUGAUAUUACUUUGACUGCUACUAUCAUUGUUGUUACUAUAAAAGAAUUCCACUUAUUUAUUUUAUCUCUGUGUACGGCAAAAACCUUUCCAAAGCCAGUAAACUCUACAGAAAUGUGUCUGUGUUUCAA